AUGCACUAUAAGAUAGACCAGAAGGUGCAAACCCCUACCCGGACGCCGACCCCGCGCUACUUCACCUGGGACGAGGUGGCGCAGCGCUCCGGGCGCGAGAAUGAGCGGUGGCUCGUGAUCGACCGGAAGGUGUACAACAUCAGCGAGUUCACCCGCCGGCACCCGGGGGGCUCCCGGGUCAUCAGCCACUACGCGGGGCAGGAUGCUACGGAUCCCUUUGUGGCGUUUCACAUCAACAAGGGCCUUGUGAGGAAGUAUAUGAACUCUCUCCUGAUCGGAGAACUGUCUCCAGAGCAGCCCAGCUUCGAGCCCACUAAAAAUAAAGAGCUGAUCUAUGAGUUCCGGGAGCUGCAGGCCACCGUGGAGCAGAUGGGGCUCAUGAAGGCCAACCAUGUCUUCUUCCUGCUGUACCUGCUGCACAUCCUACUGCUGGAUGUUGCUGCCUGGCUCACCCUUUGGGUCUUCGGGACAUCCUUUGUGCCUUUCCUCCUGUGUGCGGUGCUGCUCAGCACGGCUCAAGCUCAGGCUGGCUGGCUGCAGCAUGACUUCGGGCACCUGUCCGUCUUCAGCACCUCUACUUGGAACCACCUGCUCCAUCAUUUCGUGAUUGGCCACCUGAAGGGCGCCCCCGCCAGUUGGUGGAACCACUUGCACUUCCAGCACCAUGCCAAGCCCAACUGUUUCCGCAAAGACCCGGACAUCAACAUGCACCCGUUCUUUUUUGCCCUGGGGAAGAUCCUCUCUGUGGAGCUUGGGAAACAGAAGAAAAAGUACAUGCCAUACAACCACCAGCACAAAUACUUCUUCCUGAUUGGGCCCCCAGCCUUGCUGCCUCUCUACUUCCAGUGGUAUAUUUUCUAUUUUGUUUUCCAGCGGAAAAAGUGGGUGGACUUGGCCUGGAUGAUCAGCUUCUACGCCCGCAUAUCCCUCACUUACGUGCCGUUGUUGGGACUGAAAGGCCUCCUGGGCCUUUUCUUCAUGGUCAGGUUCCUGGAAAGCAACUGGUUUGUGUGGGUCACACAGAUGAACCACAUCCCCAUGCACAUUGAUCACGACCGGAACAUGGACUGGGUCUCCACCCAGCUCCAGGCGACAUGCAAUGUCCACAAGUCUGCCUUCAAUGACUGGUUCAGUGGACAUCUCAACUUCCAGAUUGAGCACCAUCUUUUCCCCAUGAUGCCUCGACACAAUUACCAUAAAGUGGCCCCCCUGGUGCAAUCCCUGUGUGCCAAGCAUGGCAUAGAGUACCAGUCCAAGCCCCUGUUCUCAGCCUUCGCCGACAUCGUCUACUCACUGAAGGAGUCUGGGCAGCUCUGGCUAGAUGCCUACCUUCACCAGUAACGACUGGCACUCCUCCCCGCACCUGGAAGAGAUGUCUGUCUUCACCGAUAACACCAGCCCACCGGGAAGGGGAGUCUGCACCAAAGCAGAGGGGAGCUUAUGGGACAAUGCCACUAUAAUUCUAAUAUUCAAAGGGGGUGGGUUUGAGGAGACAAAGGCUCUGACUCAAACCCCCCUCCCCUUUAUCUUCCAGGCACAGAUUUAAGACCCAAAGGGGUAGGGGACCGUGCAUGCCUUCUGGAAGGAGCGAUGGGCCUGAUGGGGCAGAGAUGUGACAGUUUUGUUUCCUUUUUCUAGUUUGGCAGAUGCAGAUGGUUGGUGAGCAAAGAAGGAGGUCCAAGGGUGUUGGAAGACUAGGGAGGACCUAUUGAGCCCAGAGAUCAGGAAGAGAAUGAGCAUAAAAAUUCCAUCCAGGGGGUGCCUGGGUGGCUCAGUCGGUUAA